AUUGACGUUUGAACUGUCGUUUUCUUUUCGCGCCGUUUUUUCCCUCCACCGGCUGUCACAAGCUCGUGAGGUCAGCAGCACCCAGCGUCAUUUAUUUAGUCUCAAGGCAUUUGUUCUUGUUGCAAUCCUGCAAAUUUUCUGUAAAACGUAACAAUGUUCGAGGCACGUCUACUCCGAAGCUCGAUCCUCAAAAAGGUGCUGGAAGCCAUCAAAGAUCUGCUAACACAAGCCACGUUUGACUGCGAUGACAAUGGAAUUCAAUUGCAGGCCAUGGACAACUCCCAUGUGUCACUGGUGUCUCUCACUCUCCGAGCUGAUGGCUUUGACAAAUACAGAUGUGACAGAAACAUUUCCAUGGGCAUGAAUUUGGGAAGCAUGUCCAAGAUCCUCAAAUGUGCAGGCGAUAAAGACACAGUGACCAUGAAGGCACAAGACAAUGCAGACACCGUCACAUUUGUCUUUGAGAGCCCCAACCAGGAAAAAGUCUCUGAUUAUGAAAUGAAACUCAUGAAUUUGGACCUUGAACAUUUAGGUAUUCCCGAGACUGAGUACAGUUGUACUAUCCGCCUACCAAGUGCGGAAUUUGCGCGUAUCUGUCGUGAUCUCUCCCAGUUCGGCGAGUCCAUGGUCAUAUCUUGCACCAAGGAGGGCGUGAAGUUCUCAUCGACGGGCGACAUCGGUUCCGCCAACAUCAAGCUGGCGCAGACGGCGUCCGUGGACAAGGAGGAGGAGGCCGUCGUCAUCGAGAUGGACGAGCCCGUCACGCUCACGUUCGCGUGCCAGUACCUCAACUACUUCACGAAGGCAACAUCGCUGAGCCCGCAGGUGCAACUGUCCAUGUCGGCUGACGUCCCGUUGGUGGUGGAAUACCGCAUCCAAGACAUCGGCCACAUCCGCUACUAUCUCGCGCCCAAGAUCGAGGAGGAAGACAGCUAGACUAAUCGCCAUUAAGUAUAAUGUUAGUUGUAAUCCACACUAUUAAAUAGUUUAGGUAUUAUAUAUCGUCAGUUCCUGUUAUCAUGUCAUUAUGAUUGUCAAUUCCGAGAAUAAAUUUAGUUAAUUACAAUCUGGCUAUAGAAGCUUGAAAGUAGCCGGCUCAUUCAUUUAGCGUGUUAAAGUUAAAAAUAAUUGUGGAUAUGACCUAACUUUCCAGAUUUGUUAGCCAGACUGCUAAAAUGAGCGGGGCUCGCGCAAGUAUCGUCACGACUGAUAUAAAUUAUGCUAUUUUUGUACUAUGUUGCACAAUAUACGUAAUUCCAUAAACCA